AUGGACUGCAACCUCUCUGACACAACACAACAACAACAACAACACUCCCCGGCCACGCCUCAACAACAUCACCAUCUGCAAAUACAACAGCAACAACAGCAAAGUCUCCAAUCAAACUCGGUUGAUAACCUACCAGACACGGCCUCCAUUCAUAAUUCUCCAUUCUCCGGCCAAGGACAAGGCCAAGCUUUUGUUGCAAACCAGCAGCCGCCCCCACCCCCGCCCAAGACAAAGCAGUCGACGCGCAAACUGAUCAAAAACAUAUUGAGCGGCUCGUCCUCGCAUCGCAACCACGAUUCUCACUCUGGACAAAGUUCGUGGGGCGACCCUUCAGGUGUUGUUCGCAGAUCGUCAAGGCGUAUAAGCCAACCGCCUCCUCCUCCCGCCAUCCGCACGGGUGUAUCCCAGGUUUCGCUUGACCAUCCUCCCGCCGACUGGCAAACCCAAUAUCCUCCGUCACAGCCUUCGCCUCUCCAAACCGCAGAGUAUCGAGACUCGUACCUUGUUGCGGGACAAGAAAGAGACUUGCAUCUCCAGAACCCGCAAGACGGCCAAUACAACCCCACCAUUCGACCGGUCCCUCCUGAGAAAGACGUUUCGCCCUAUUCUGCGGGGGAAAGCGGGUACCAUCAGCAGCAACAAUCCCAUCCUCAACUGCAGGUUCAGAUUCCUCCGGAGCCCCAACAGCAACAAUUCAACCAGGCCGAGUUUGAGGCCGCACUCCAACAACAGCACCAGCACUCACAGCAGGUGACCCCCCAGGACCCAUACCAAACCUCGUCGCAAGUACAAUACCAGGCGAGCACUCAUUCUGCAGUCUCGGGCCACCUUGGCAAUCCCCAGCACAAGAAUCCCGAGACGGUCUCGCAGCUUUCGCGCGAAUCGCCCACCAUCGAUUCGGACCAGCGCUCUGCUACAAACGUGCAAUCAUCCCUCCAAGCUUCGGACGAGAGCAGUUACACGCCCCAAUCCCAGGAUAUUCCCCUGCGUCAGAAUCCACUCCCCGCGCAGCCUUCAGCCCAACCCCAAGGCAAGACCCCGCAACAGCAAGUCAUGGCCCCACAACCCGGCGGACGCCGGUCCCAGGAUACCACCGAUAAAGCAACCGGGAUCCGCGAGAUACAACCACCCCCUGGCCCCCCGCCAAGCUAUCGCCAAAGUCAACAGCCCAGCAUGAACAACUUGUCCCAGCCCUCCAACGCAGGCGGGCAAAGUUCAAGCAGCUAUCGCCAGGGAGACAGACAGGGUUUCGAUGGAUCGGGUGACCAAGGGCGUAAUAGCCCCCAGCCGGCCUCUUCUGAACGUGCUGCCGAAGACCAAGAGAAGACCCUGAAGGAACUGCUGACCAAGUACAAGAACGUCAAGAGACUGUACUUUGACGGCAAGAAAGAAAUCGAACAGUUGGGCAACCAAGUUGAACAGCUCCAGAAUGCCAUCGCCAACCAGCGCAUGUCGCAAAGCCGGACGUCAUUGGACGACAGCGAGUAUACGACGCGGUUCAAUCGUUUACAGGGUGCCAUUACAAACCUUGCCUUCAAUAUCCGGAAGGAAUGGAAGACAUUACCCAAGUGGUUGGACCCAUACGUGACCGCCGAUGCGCUAAAGACGGGCAGACAAGAGAUGACCGCGGUCGGCCGCGCAGUCAUUACUCGUUGGGUCGUAGACGAGAUCUUCAACCGCUGCUUCCACCCUGGCUUGGAGCCUGAGCUAAGCAAGCAGCUCAAGACGAUUGAGCAGAACAUCAGACACUUCAGCUACACGUUGAACAGCCAAGAAGAACACGAUGCGCUGACCAGCAAAGUUCUCGCCACCAGCAAUUUGACCGCUCACCUUUUCCAGCACCUUACGGAACCCGCGCCCGUUGGAGUUGAUGGAAGUGUAGGCAUGAUCGUGGAGCUGGCAGUAGGGAUCGCCAGCAACCUGCCCCUCGAGAGCCGCGACGUUGCCAUCGUCUACCCUUUGCCAGAGCAGCCCAUCCAGACCAAGCUCAUGGAAGUCGAAAAGACGGCCCUACCGCCCCUGGAAGGUCGUCCGUCCGAUGCCAGCGAGGAAGGGACCGCAGGCGACGGAGCCAAGGAGUCUUCCAAGGAGCGCGCGCGCGGCGACAAGGCCACCAGAUCCGGUAUGUUGAACACCAUCCAUCACACCAUAGGCGGGAACAGCGCCGCCGGCGGUCCACCCGGUAGCCGGAAGGGAAGUAUUGCUGACAGUUCGACGCUGCCGACAGCACCAUCUGGAGCAGCCUCACAAUCCAAGGAUGCUGGAAGGGUCCGCUUUGCCGGGUCCUUUGGCGUGGAAGUCAGGGGACGCCAUGUUCUGGUUAAGGCGCCAGUCUGGACCAUCUGA